GUCAAACUCUCCACAGAGUACAUAUCCCCAUGUCCCCAAACAACUCCAUCUCGCACGUCCUACCGUUCGUGUCCUCCACCUCGAUGGCAAAAUCAAAUGGAUGUACUGGCAAACGACGCAUUCUGUCAGCUUGGGGGAGUCCCUUCGGGCUCUCCCGCCAAAAAUGCCACCCCGCGCCAUCGUCGUUGCCGGCUUGCUGUGAAAAGCGUCGACAAAACACAACCAGUUUAGGAAAUCUCGACCUUUCCCCCCACGACCAGCCCCCCUCGCAAGCCGCAGUCCUGUAUAAAUUUGUGAACCGAAGACUCCUUCGCAAACAAACGGCCAUUGUGGGGGGGCAGCGGGUCCCGUACUUUCCAGUGCAUAACGCCCACCAUCGAAUCGCGCGUUCAAAGGGCUCGGUACUCGCGUGCAUCGACGAAGAUACGGAUAUCUGCGAUACGUGCCACAACCAUCAGCUUCAACUCACACCGGCCAUUGUCAGCAUGACUGCCUACUGAUGUGGACGAUCGCUGCCCAUAGAACUUUUUAAACCAACCAAUGCAGUCAACCGUCUUUG